AUGGAUCACUCAAUAAUUGUGGUUCUUAUGAACCUAGGCAUGUUUGUCAUCACUUUUCUUAUGGGCUUUUUGCCUUCAAAGCUCAACACAUCGUAAAGAAUUAUGAAUCUCAUCGCCAUAUUCGGAGCGGGUUUAUUGGUCGGAGCCUCUAUCAUUGUGAUCGUACCUGAGGGAAUGCUUGUGCUGAUAUAAUCAAUGCAAACAACUUCGAUCAUAUAAGAAACUAAUCCGGUUUAAAAUCAAAUUCAAGCUUUCCAAGAAAGUUAAGAUGGAAAAAUUAAGAAUUUUGCUAAUCUUCAUUAAUCAACUGAAAGAACUGGCGCGAUUGAUCCACAAGUGACCAAGUAUAUUGGUUUGUCUUUGAUAAUUGGAUUUACAAUCAUGUUGAUAUUGGAUUAAAGUUUUUUGAUGAUUAAAGAGAGACAAAUGUAAAAGGGGCACAAGGGCAAAAAUGGUCAUGAAAAACACGAGGAGGGAAGAGUUGUCACUUUUGUCUUUAAGAGUGACGAAGAACUAAGAAAGCAAGAAAUGAUUGAGCCUCUACUUAACACAGAUGAACCAUGUUCAAUUGAAAAGAAAAGAGAAAGAAAGCACUCCAAAUGUCAUGAAAAAGUGAAACUUGAUGAGCAUAAACUUGAGGAGGUGUCAAAACAUUUGCAUCUGCAUCAAAAGGGUGAAUUAACAUAAGCACACGAGCACUAUCAUGGAGGCAAAGAAAAUAUAAUAGUAUCUACUAUUGGGUUAGUUAUUCACUCUUUAGCUGAUGGUGUGGCACUAGUAAGUACUAAGAGUGCUUAAUCAUCUGGCUUGGGAGUUUUGAUUUUUUUGGCUAUACUCUUGCAUAAGGCACCAGCAGCUAUAGGAUUCGGGACUUUUCUCUACCAUGAGGGGCUUAGGGGUUUAUAAUUAUCUAAAUACCUUUUUGCUUUCACUUCUACAUGUCCUUUGGCAGCUAUUAUUUCCUUCUUUAGUUUGAUGAUAUGGGAAGAAGGAGCUGAGGAUCCAUCAUAAUUGAUGUUUUGGGUUGGAAUCUUAUUAUUACUUUCAGCAGGUUCAUUUAUUUACGUUGCUACCAUUCAUAUCUUACCUGAAGUAUACUGUAAUACAGACAUUCAUAGACCCCACACUCAUUCUCAUUUGCCCGAGGAUCAUAUUCAUGAUGAGGAGCAUUUCAGUAAAUUGACUGAGCUAAUCACCAUUAUAAUAGGAUUAUAUGUUCCUUAUGGACUAAUGUUGUUCCACUCUCAUUGA